AUGAGUAGUUUAUCACCGUUACCCCCACCAUUCGAUCCAAAUAAAACUUUCCAACCCAUGUGGCGUCAAGCUUUUCACUGGCUUAAUCAAUGUCAUGUUUUAUCACCUGAAGCUAAUCGAUUGUUAAAUCUUCCAACGAGUACAGUGGAAGAUUUAGCAGAUGUCUUAUCCGAUGGAAUUGUUCUAUGCAAUUUACUGAAUUAUAUAGUACCAGGAAUUAUAAAAUAUACGGAUGUUUCGUUUCGACCACAAAAAAGUCGAUUUUUAUGUUUGCAAAAUAUUCGACUGUUUUUGGAUGCAUGUCGACAGGAAUUACAUUUUCGUGAUCGUGAUCUCUUCGAUCCGUACAUGUUAUUCGAUAAAUAUGAUCUUGACAAAAUCAUUGAAACACUCUCGAAGAUAUCUCGUUUAGAGAUUGCAAAAAAGAAAAAACUAACUCCAUUUCCAAGUACUAGCCCAGUGAAUUAUGUCAACAUCCCCCAAGAAGAUCAUGUCGGAAUCUUGCCAAUCAUGCGCUCACUUGACGAACCAUUACCCGUCCAAGAUCUUUCGAUGAAUAAUCAUGAUGAUUCUCGAGCACUAUUGUAUUAUGCAUCGCCUGAAACAGUUGUUGCUCCAAGUGAACAAAAUAUUCUCUAUGGAUGUUUAAUUGAGAAGAAAAGGGUCGGUGUCCUAAACGAUGAAAAAGUACUGCUAUACGCUUUACCGGCGAAAUUACAACGUCAAUCAUCCUUGUGUCACUCAUGUCGCUAUGCACGUAUUCACCAUGUUCCAUCGUUUCAUUCGACAAAUUCAAGUCAAUUAACUAAACAAAAUUCGCCAUUGAUGAAAACAACAAGUUCAUCGAAUAUAAAUGAAUCACUUUCUUCUUCAUCACUUGUUGCUGCAAAUGCAGCAUCAACACUUUCGUCAGCAGCUGCUAUUACAGAUCAUAAUUCUGUUGAAUUACUUUCACCAUUAAUAAAACAUCGUCUAUCAACAUCAUCACUUCCAUUUUCAAUUCUAAAUGGCGAUGCUGGUGUUUAUGGAUCGCGUAUAAGUAUUGCUGAUGAUGUUUAUGAACAAUUAUGCGAAAAACCAAAGAAAUCUGAUCAUCACAAAGCAUUUCUUCCACGUGAUCAUUGUGUCAAAGAGUUACUUGAUACGGAAUUGAAUUAUCGCGAUUCUUUGAAUCAAAUUGUAACGCAUUUCAUCGAACCAUUGCAAUUGAAGCCGGAAGAACGCAAAAAGAUCUUCUUAAACAUAUCUGACAUACAUGCUUUGCAUUCGGAAUUCUACGAAGAUUUAUGUCGUGCCGGUCGAAAUGAAAAGGGCCGAACAUCCCGAAUCGUCGAGUUGUUUACUAAAUGGCAGGACCGAUUUCUGAUCUAUGCAAAAUAUUGUUCCGAGUUACCUGAUGCACAAGAAUUUCUCGAUCGAAAGAUCAAACAAGAUGCAAGCUUUUCUCAGAAACUUGAACAAUGCCGACAGAAAGCAGGCGAACUUGGUAAAUUUCAAUUGCGUGACACUGUUGUUUUGCCAUUUCAACGUAUCGUUAAAUAUUCAUUACUUUUACAUACAAUGAAAAAAAAUGUUCCAACGACUGAUCCGAACGGUGAAGUCAAACGACAACUAUUAGAAAAAGCAGAAAGUCUAAUGACUGAUGUAAAUCAAUAUAUAAACGAAGCGAAGCGUGCGCAUGAUAAUUUGAAAGUGAUCAAGAACAUUGAAAAAACAAUUUGUGAUAUAAAAUUACCAUCCGAUCGAUGUUUACGCAAUUAUGGACGAUUUAUUGCAGACGAACAAUUUACUGUGUAUGAAGAUGGACAUCGUAAUGGAACAAGAACGGUAUUUCUCUUCGAUCGUGUUCUUCUAAUUUGCAAAGUGAAAGGAUCAGAAAAAUAUACAUUUCGUGCUGCACUAUUCAUUCAAGGAUGUCAGAUCGAAGAAUUAAAAGCAACAAAACGUGAAUUUCCAUUUAUUCUUCGUGAUUCAACGAAACGUGAAUACAAAUUCGUUGCCAAGACCGAAGAUAAACGAUCGUUUUGGUUAAAGAAUCUGCGUGAUGCAAUUGAUCGAUGUUCUAAUCCGGAAUUAUCUGAAAACGGGCAUUUCUUUCAAAUGAAAUCAUUCGAUGAAAUAAAUCCACGCUGUGAUCAUUGUAAUCGAUAUUUAUGUGGAAUAUUUUAUCAAGGUUACGAAUGUUCAAGAUGUCAGAAAAAAAUUCAUCGAGAAUGUAUAAAAAAAGUUGGAACAUGUAUUCAUCGGGCCGUCAAAAUAUGUACUUUUAAUAAAUGUGCGAUCAUGUCAUCAUUGGCACGCAUACGAAGUUUUGACCGUGGUUCGAUUGAAUUACCACGUGCGUUCAGUAAUGCAUCUAACGUUAAUAAUCACAAUCACAUAUAUGCACUGUAUAAUUACGAUGGAACGAUGAAUAAUGGCAAUGGUAGAACAGCAGCGAAUCGAUUUGGUGAUCGACACAUAAGAGUAAAUGAAGGCGACAAAUUAGAGAUUCUCGAAGAUGAUGAUGAACAUAUCUGGAAGGUGAAAAAUCUUCGAACAAAUGAAGUUGGUUUCAUUCCAUCAACGAUUGUGAGUGUUAAUGAUGUCGAUUCUCAAAGAACAAUUCAACGUUCAUCAACAACUCUCGCUGAAACACCGUCGUUGCGUUCGAAUAUCUCAUCAACACUUGCACAGCAUUUUCCUUUCAUUCGUUCACUUGUGCAAGCCUAUAGUCCGCCCAUAUCAAUACGUUCAGCAAAUACGAAUGCCUACUCGAAUCCUCCAUCCGCAAAUAAUCAGAAUCAGACCCAUAACUCUAGUAAUAUACCUAUUCAACGUUCAAAAUCGAUUUCAACGCCAACAACACCUGAAAAUAUUCUGAAUAAGCAUCGAAAUUUACAAUUAUCAUCUUCUUUUGAUAAUACACCUAUAUCUCCGACAUUCGUCCCAGUCGUACCAAACAAUCAUAUCUAUGAUUGGUAUCUUGACAUUAGUCGAAAUCAAGCCGAAGAGAUCUUGAAAAAUGAUUCAGUACCAAAUAAUACAUUUCUUGUUCGUAAACAAGGCAAAAACGAAGGACAUGCUAUUUCAAUCAAACAUAACAAUGAAGUUUACCAUAUUCGAAUAUAUACUCAUGAAAUUGAUGGUUGUAUGAAACAUUACUUAGUUGAUAGUCUACUUUUUGAUAGUUUACAAUCAUUAAUUCAAUAUUAUCAAACACAUUCGCUUGAAGAUCGUUUUCCUCCUGUUAAAAGCUCGUUAGUCCAUCCAAUCGCUCAUGUGUGUAGCCACGACAUGCUACUCUUACCGGCCACAUUAUAG